AAUUCACAACUGACUUGUAUUUGACUUUGUCACGAGCACGUUGAUAAUCAAGUAAUCCAUAUACUCGAUGGCUAAUUCAAUUUUAUAUGAUUAAUGUUUGAUCCUUGGAGAAUGGAUGAUGAAGAGGAUAUCCAUUAAAGGUUUUCAAAGUCAUGAGGAGCUCCAGACCGACUCGGGAAGGAGACAUCAUUUCUGUUGAUGGAAUAUUCGGGAGGUGUCAGCUAGUCACGGUGAUAGACGUAGAUAAAUACGAAGUUUCGCCGGCCGAUCUUCAGCGCCUCCAGACUAUCCUCCAGGAACUGUCCCUCAGAGGUACACAACAAAUAAGACGGGCUACACAAGAAAAGGUCGCAAGUGAGGAAGAUUAUGAAGGGACAGACCACGGUGACCUGCAGGGAUUCAAUUCUUUCCAUCAAUACCUUCAGCUCCUCAGGGCUUUCUCACAGCCAGCUAAUCCCAUGACAUCUCAUAAGAGCAGAACUGACAAGAGUGAGACCGCUCAGUCGAGUCCCUUCCUGGACGACUUCCUGCAAAGUAACCGGGAGAAAUCUCCAUCAAGUCAUUUCCUCGCAUUUCACCAUCAAUUUCCCGACAACAAACAAGCUCAACCUGGGCCCUUGAGACUUCUCAAGCAAGAGAGAAGCAAGCUUCAGGCACAAGGGCAUGCCCCUGUCAGUGAACCCAUCGACAAAAAGCAACUGAUACCACUCCUGGAGAGUUAUUUGACCCAGAAACUGGCAGUGCAGGCGGCCAUGACAGGGAAUGAUCCAGAUGUCAGGCUUAAGGAAGCACUGGGCUCAUUAAGGAGCAAGCAGCAGGAAGGACCGAAUAAGGACAGCCAGGGAGGUUAUAUGAGGAUCGAAGCGCUUCAUCCGAAAGUUGAUGACAGGUUGCCAGAGGUGAAAGAGGAGAAAGUGCUGCAUAAAUCCAGCGCAGGGAAAAUCAAUGGAAACAAUCUGCUGAGCAACGUGGAUGAAAAUUUCAUUCAUUCUGUGGUGCAGCAGCUUGGGACACAGCAUGUAAACCUUGACAGUCUGACUUCCAAACAGCUGGAUGAAUUGUCCGAUGUCAUUGCUGGUGCCUUGCAAGUUGUAGACGAUGAGACUACCCAUGAUGGCAGCAGGAACAGCUUCGAGAUUGAGCAAGAGCUUCGACAGAAGGAAGAAGAGAAAGCGAUGAAGAGAACUGAGCUCAAUCUGGGCACAAUCAUGCUUUUACCUGGAUUUUGGUGCCUAGCCGAUUGCAACGUGCAGAAGUUGACAAGAACGAACGUGAAGUGCAGUUCAAUGAUGUGCUGUAACUUGAUUGAAGAAAUUCCUAAAGGAAGAGUCAGUCCUGUGCCAUUGGGCUGGACAGUUUCAGGGGCUGCAGCUGGUGCGGAACAAGCUAAAGGGGAGCCAGUUGACCUUCGAGUUUUGGUAGGCAACCCUGAGGCAUUUGUGAAUAAGAGUGCCCAGGCCAGAUGCAGCCUUGUCAUUCCAACUGUGGGCUUUGCUGGGGUUGAGGUUCGCAGUAUGCUGGGACCAGCUGUGAUCUUCCAAGUCAAAGCCAUUGGUGAAAACGUGUCAACAGCUGAUGUGGUGAACAUAGCAGAGAUCAACAAAGAGAAACUUGAAAAAGAAACAGGAUUAAAAAUCUUGAGUACUGGCAUGAGAGAAAAGAGCAAACUACUGGCUUUUCCCCAACAAGCCAACGAAGAGGACUCGACCAAAUUUAUUAUCUUAACAAUAAUCUCCAUCGUCUGCAUCAUUGGGGUUCUCAUUGCAUCAGGGGUCAUCUACUGCCUCAGGCACCGUUCUCAUGAGAAACUGAAGGCAAAGCUGGGCACACUGGGACAUGAUGCCACCACCAGUUCAGAUGCCACGAACGCCUACCAGGAGCUUUGCCGCCAGCGUAUGGCUGUCAAGACAUCAGAGCGCCCGGAGCCCACUCACGCCUCUCGCAUCAAUAGCGUCUCCUCUCAGUUCAGUGAUGGCCCACAGCCCAGUCCUUCCACCCGGAGCAGCACCUCUUCAUGGUGUGAGGAGCCGGUUCAGUCUAACAUGGACAUCUCCACUGGACACAUGAUACUGUCUUAUAUGGAGGACCAUCUGAGGAACAAGAACCGACUGGAGAAAGAAUGGGAAGCGCUGGCUGCCUACCAGGCUGAACCAAACACCAGCAGCAUUGCAGAGAGGGAGGAGAAUGAAAAGAAGAACAGAUCUCAGCUGGUCGUGCCAUAUGAUCACUCCAGAAUAACAUUGAAAGUUGAAUCGAGUCAUUCAAAUUCGGACUACAUCAAUGCAAGCCCGAUUAUGGAUCAUGACCCUAGGAAUCCUGCGUACAUUGCUGCUCAAGGUCCCCUCCCUGCCACUGUUGCAGAUUUCUGGCAGAUGGUUUGGGAGAAUGGCUGUGUUGUUAUCGUCAUGCUGACCCCCUUAACAGAGAACGGAGUCAAGCAAUGCUAUCACUAUUGGCCAGAUGAGGGUUCAAACCUCUACCACAUCUAUGAGGUUAACCUUGUCUCCGAGCACAUCUGGUGUGAAGAUUUCCUGGUACGCAGCUUUUACCUCAAAAACCUCCAGACAAAUGAGACACGCACAGUGACUCAAUUCCACUUCCUGAGCUGGUUUGACCAAGCUGUCCCCUCAUCCACCAGGAUCCUCUUGGACUUCCGCAGAAAGGUAAACAAGUGCUACAGGGGACGCUCAUGUCCGAUAAUUGUUCACUGCAGUGAUGGCGCCGGAAGAUGUGGGACCUACAUUCUCAUUGACAUGGUUCUGAAUAGGAUGGCCAAAGGUGCUAAGGAGAUCGAUAUAGCUGCUACGCUGGAACAUUUGCGAGACCAGAGACCAAUGAUGGUUCAGACAAAGGACCAGUUUGAGUUUGCACUGACAGCAGUAGCUGAGGAGGUGAACGCCAUUCUGAAGGCACUACCGCAGUGAAAGCCAACUGGGGACCCCUCGUGGCUCCGACACUUUAAUCCUGCCGAUCUCCGUGAAUGUUGUAGAAAACGUGAUCUGAUCUUGGCUGUGUAACUUCUCUUUUAACACCUUUAGAAAAUGUGUCCCUUCAACAUCUGUAAUUGAUGCAAAACCUUAGCUUGAAAAAAUAAACUCAGAAUGGUUUCAAAGUGGAAAGAACUAAAGAUCAGAUGAGAAGUAUUUGUACAUAUGCUUUUUUUUGGGACUGGACAGAACUGGGUACAAAAUACUUGAGGAGAAAGCCCAGUAGGCGUUCACGGCAGAUCUGAGUACAUUGUAAAGUCAGAAUUUUAAAAACACAAUAUUUUAUUUUCUAUUCAUCCUGAUAUUGGAAGGUUUAAAACAGCCUCUCAGUAUUAAUCCCACAGUAUAUUAAUUCUAUUGCUGGCAUGAACUGCAUCAGUAUUUUAUAAUGGCCAUAUGACUGCACCUCCCUUAGUUAUCGUUCCCAGUCUAUCUGGGAUGCUAUCAAUCCACAAUAGCGAUGUAACUUGGCACCUAAUUAAACUUGUUAACUCACUGUCUAAGGACAUCAUAUAGACCUCCUGCCCACUGAAAGGUAGAAUAGUUGCUCUAUCCAUGGCUCAGUCUCUUUUGGAAGCGUCCUUCUGCUGUGUUCCUGCAUAAUGCAGUUGGCAUCACAAGAUAGUUACAACUGGUUGGUUAUGGUGCUUGGUAUGAGACUCCAGGAAAUUACUUCGAGCGUAAUUCUUUCAGCAUUGAAAGGAGCACCUUUAAAGUCUGCGAUAAAAUCUUUUUGAAAGCAUUUUGAGGAACGUGGUCAGCAUUGGUACCAAUGAAUUAUUUUUGGAGGUACCUGCACUUGAACCAUAUUUAUGUUUAGUCCAUAUAGGAGUCAUUCUCCUACAUGCUAUCCUCUCUCGCAUAUGGAUCUGGGAGUGGACAGGUGUGAUUGUGCUACUGACAUGCCCUCACUUCUUCUGGAGAUUCUCAUGGCCAUCCCUCAAAGCACCUAAUUAAACUUGUUAACUCACUGUCUAAGGACAUCAUAUAGACCUCCUGCCCACUGAAAGGUAGAAUAGUUGCUCUAUCCAUGGCUCAGUCUCUUUUGGAAGUGUCCUUCUGCUGUCCCUAAGCUUUAUCCAAUCUCAGCUGCACUGUAGAAUCACAGGGCCAGUGAGUCUAACAAAUACUUCAACAAUAAUCCGCACAUAAUUAUCGAUCAGUAACUUGCCACAGCCACUCAGUUAGAAUGUUGAAUGUAGUAAAUUGUAGCAUGAUUAGUGCUGGUGAAUCUUUCAUUCCUCACAUGUGCUAUGUUUGGAUAUAUUGUUAGCCCCUGGAAGAAUCUCACAUUAUGAAAAGAAUGGAGAGGAUGAUCUAAAAACAGUAUGUUUAGACAGUCUGUCUAAAGCCCUGACACUUCACACAACAAUGAGCAAAGGCAGACAACUGAGGAUUGCUAUUAGGUCUGUAGAGGAGCUUAGGUUACUAUCAGUCAGAUCUUCCAUCACACUGAAGAGAAAGGUGAUCUUCUGAAUUGAACACUAGAACACAUUAUUGAGACAAUUUAUACAACCUCAAUGUUGCCCCAGCCACUCCUUGAUAAAGAGCACUCAUUGUCUGUUAAAGAAAAUACUUCUCCCUCACAUACACAUCAGAUUUAUUGGAAAAUAUAUCCUUAUACCUGAUGGAGUUUCUGAGUUCAAAUCCAGUGUAAGCUGAUGUGAUGGUGCCCCUUUCCCACCGGGUACGCAGGAAUUGUAAGUGAAAAUGUUUUGGACAAUCAUACUUGAGUCCUGAUGGUGAGAACAGGUCAUUGUAAAGUGUAUCCAUAUGUUAGCACCGAUACUGAGAAUAACCUAACAAUCAGGUUCCCAGAAAUGAUAUGAUAAGUCACUGUGGUGCUGUUAAUACUACUGAGUCUUGUGUUUAGGCAUACUAUUGAGGUAUAUUGAAAGGGGCCACAGGCAAUAGAUCUAAGCCAUGCCCUUCAUAAUGUGAGAGCACUUAACUAUUUUUGUUGAUCUUCAGUGCAAGGCUGACAUGAUAGUCCAGCUGCAUUUAUUUCUUUCCUGUACAGUUCGCAAGUUCAGCAGCCGAAAGGAAGCAAUGAAAUUCCCCCUCCUCAAUAAGCAAAACGCAGUGUUGAUGUGAUUAUUGAUCAGGCUCUUAUUGAACUCUCAAUUUCUGUCCUGUCCCAUUUAAAGUGGCAUAAUCUCAACUGAUUAUUUUUUGAGGAUUCUUCCAUUUCCGGUUGAGUUUCAAUGUCAACAUAUAGGUAGAAAUCCUAGGUGUUUGAUUUUAUUCAAUUCUGACAAUUACUACAGUCUGUUGCAAAUUCGAUGUUGACACAGAAUAUAUAGUCUUUGUCUGUAAAUAGUCCUAGUCAUGUAAGACCAAUCUCAUAUAUGCCUCUUAAGGAUAUAUUUCAAUUGUUUUAGCUUCACAAAGACAGCACUCUUUUCAAUCGCUCGUGGGUUCUGUUGUGUUAAGUCUUCAAAAGUAGCCUAAUGUUUGCCUCUUACUGAUCACUGGUACUUUUGUUUUAUCUAAUAAAUAAUCGGUAUCAUUUCCUAA